AUGAUAUGCUCGAGCGCUUUCUUGAGCAGCAACCCGCUGUCUCCGCUGCUCUUCUGUCCAACGAGCUUAGGAAAAACCGAGAAAGAAGUUUGCACCCUAUGUGAGUCGGACAUUACAUCUGCGGAGGAGAUAGUGGAUGCAAUGAAGCCCAUGAAGAUUGCUACUCUUGUAAUGUCAAAAGAAAGCUCUCCAACGCUGUCAGUUGUGGCCCCUCUUCAUGCUCAGCUCAUCCAGGAUUUCCAAGAGAGCAGAGCAGAUAGUGAGAUAGUGAAAGAAAUCAAAGCGGCUAUUUGCCAAGAUUUGAGCAAGAGGUACAUGGAUCAGCAGAAAGAGACCAUGUAUGUAUGUUCAGCACUCGAUCCAAGAUUCAAAGCUUUGCCCUUCCUUCCUGAUGAUGAACGAGAGGAAAUAUACUUGAGAAUCACUGCAGAAGCUCGAAGAAUUCAAGAACUAUUUCAGGAAGAGGCUGAAGUGAUACCAGGAGAGGAGGACAAUCAUGUGGAAGACAAGGAUGACAUUCCUGCCAGCCCACCACCCAAGAAGAAAAAGGACUUCUGCUUGGUUCAACUUACAGUGCAGGUCCUAAGGUGA